AUGCAAUCCGCACUCGCGCCCGGCGUUGAUGAGGAGAGCCUGUUGAGAGAAGCCGUGGGCUUUGCUGCAGAGCAUCGCUUCUAUCUGCGGAAGGCGGUGCAACAUGGGGACUUUUACAGUGCUGUUCGCCACUCCCUGUGCAUGGCUAAUGAGCUUCGAUCUUGUCGUCUAUCGCCGCCAAGCUACUAUAAACUGUACUCGAUGGUGUUCGUGGAGCUGCAGCACCUUGGAGCUUAUCUCCAAGAGACAGAGAGGCACGGCUUCUCCUUGGAGGAGGUAUUCGAGAUUGUCCAGUACGAGGGUAACUGCCUGCCACGGCUCUACAUGCUUGUGACUGUUGGUGUCGUGCGGAUGCUGGCUCCUAACUCCGACGAAACACACGAGACACCCGAUGAAAUUCUGCGCGACAUGGAGUCGAUGGUGGGAGCCGUACAGCAUCCAGUGCGAGGCCUCUUUCUGCGAUACUUCCUGUUGCAGGUGGUCAAGGACAAGCUUCACAAGCUUCAAGACGGAGCUGUUGGUGCUUUGAACUUCCUUCUGACAACCUUUCGGGAAGCUGUCAGCCUUUGGCAUCGCCUUCGCCUGACACAGGCCCAACCAGAGCCAUCAGUAUGGCAACUUGAUGGCCAUCGCCACUCUUUAAGGCUGCUCAUAGGUGCUCACCUCAUGCAAAUUGCACGAGUGAAUGGACUUACGCAGGACCUCUACACCGAGGUCGUGUUGCCCGAACUCUUGUGGCUGAUCCCUGCAUGCGAGGAUGCAGCUGGCCAGGUCGAGUACGAUGCUGGCGCGUUCAGAUUUGAUAAGAUGAAAGAGGAAGUUGCUGAUGCCAUGAAAGAAGACUGGAAGAGGGAUACCGUGGACGAUGCCAAGAAGCGUGCCAUCACGACAACCUCGAGCUACGACGAGUUUCGUUCUCGCGUGGCUGGUUGUCAUCUGAAGCCUAUUCACAAGAACGAGUUCAACGCUCCUGCGAAGUUUGCUUUCAACAGGCAGGUGGAAAGGAGCAAGGCGACAACGGGAACGAACGCAUUGUCAAAAACUGUACUGGACAAAGCCGCAAGAGGCGGCAUCCAAACAGAAAUUCGAAGUAUCCGGGAGCUCGACAAAGAGCUGCGACGGCGGCGCACUGCAGAGGACAAGGCCGAUCUCGUCAUCCACAUGAGCACCGAAGCUGUGCAGCGUGCGUUUGGCCGAGAGAUGGAUGCUGAGGUCUUUCAACAACUGCUGGAGGCUUUGGAGCAGGCGGACAGGACCAUUGUGCCACCUGGGACGGCGCGGCGAUUCCUGAGCGAUGUGGUUGUGCCCUUCGUCGACGUCCCAGGCUGCUGCAUUCUUCUCGCCGGAGGACCAGCGGCAGAAAUGUGGGGAAUACCCGUGAGCUCUGAAUGCGAACAGAUGCUUGGAGAGGAGCGAGGCGGUGUUGUGUGUCGACCUUUUGCCGCAAAUUUGAGGCUGCCCUGCAAGACCUUGUCAGCGAUUGCCUUCAAGACGCGAAUUACGAAAGCAUGGAUUGAAAUAGUACUGUCCAUGCUUUGCGCGCCUUUGUGCGUUGCAGUCCUUUGCUAUGUUUUGCUCGUGUCCUGUGGCAGACUGGCAUUUGCCCUGUUUGCCCUCUUUGAAGUGCUGGUCCUUUGCGGUGUCCAGGCAUAUCUGCUGCAGCUGAUUAUUGAGGUAUUUCCAGACAGCUAUCAUCUGCACACUCUAGAGAAGAUCCUGGCCACCUGUGCCCAGGUCCACUGGUCCAUUGAUUUGGUUCAGCUGACGCAGCAUUUGCUCAGACGGCUGACGGUGCACCUCGUGGAAGGCGAUUCUUCCAGUUCUGUGGAUGUGUUUGGUCUAUUUCACGCACACUUGAAGCUGUUGCAUGGAAGACCGCGAACCACAGCAACUCCGUUGAUUUCCCUGCUCACGCUGCAGCUGGAGCUCUGCAUGUUCGUCUUGGCUCUGCAGCCUGGUCAGGCGUGCUUGGACAUCUUGGAGGGUACCGUUGACCUUCUCCAGAACUCAGGUGAGAAGGCUGAACGUCUGGAGGAGCAAGUGUUGGACACGCAACUUGCGCAGGCAGUAGUGGACCUCAUGGCUGCACCUCUCACGAAGGAGGGGCUGUGCUCGGCUGUCCUGCAGCAGCCGUACCACGCAUCCUUGUUGGCGAUGCUGUCACGGCCGAUGCAAGGCCGAGCAGCUAUGGCAAUGGUAACAGCCAUACUGGCUGGGGACGUCAGCCUGAACGACUGCGAGACUUUGCGGCAGCUGUUCGCGCUGCUGGACACGCUGCUUCAAGACGAGAUGGGCCAGGACGACGAAGUCGAUCGUCCAAGGCAUUUGGAGCAUGAUCCCAUUGCAUUCCGACGUGAACAAGAGACUGUGGCGCAGCUCAUCCAUCAGGUGCGGCAUGGUGAUCCCGGGGUUGUGAUAGAGAUGCUCUUCGUGCUCUGGGAGUACUUUCGGGAGGGCGGUCCACACCGGAUCAUCUUUACUGUCCCGGCAAUGGUCGCGGCUGUGCUGCAGCUCGCGGAUCGCUUCACACUCCAAGGUUCGAGCUGCGAGGAGGAAUGCAGUGAGCUGGUCCGAAUCUUUGACUUCACGCACACUCUGUGCCAGAGUCUUGGAACCUUGAUCCCAAAGGAGUCUCUCAGGCUUUGGCUUCUUUGUGCAGCAUCAGCAGAUCGUGCAGUGGCGGCUAAACACGACGCACAGCUGAAGAAGCUCUGCUCCAGUUGUGUGGACAAAGCGCUGGCCUGUUUGGAAGAUCAAGUCCCCAAGCAGGAGGCGCGACUCUGCGGGUUGCAACUUUUUGUUGGAACGCUUCAGAGGAUGAAGGUUGGUCCAGAGGAGCCUGAAAAGCUCCGCCAACGAGCGGUGGCCAUGUGCGGCAAGAUGCUAUCGAAGAGAUUUCAGAGCAAGGCAUUUUGUCUGUGCUGUGAGCUGUUUUGGCUGCCGCAGCCUGAGCUGCAGGAUCCUGACAACGGACUGCUCUGCAUGAGACGGGCCUUGCAAAGCGCUGACGGUGCCAUACACUCAGAUCCAUCAGACGUGGGUCUCUUCGUUGAUAUUCUCAAUGAGGUUGCCCGGCUCUUUGCGGAGGGCGCCGGCCAGGUGUCUCCUGCCGUGCUGAGCAAGACUGUCAGCCUUUGCGUUCAACAUGUCAGGUACAUCGGGAGUCGCGUGCCACUCGACUCCAUGCGGGCACUGCAUGCGAUUCUUGCCGACCUCGCCGCCAAGCAGGUGGACUCAGUAGAGGCUGUCAUGGCCGGCGACGCAAACGUUUCGUACCUGGAAGUUGAUCUGCGGCCUGCGGAGAAGCUGCCAACACCACAGUCGUUACAGCACCUGGAAAUGCGACAGCUGCUAAAUGUCUAUGGGGGGGGAGGUCAGUUCAUCAAAGCUAACGGGGCGACAACGGACAGCAGCACCAUGCAGCACCGCCGACCACAUGGACAAGUCAUCUGUGUGGCUCAAGAGCCAGCUUUUGUCUUCACUUCGGAGAACUUCCAGCGGCCAUCUUUACCAGCAGGCCUCCGCAUCCGCGAGAUCCGUCCAGAGCCGGCUAGCGACACCUCUCUCGCAGGGUUGGGGAGGGUGGUUCAUCGGCCGGAGGACUUUACCGUGGAGGACAAAACCUUUGAAAUCGCUCAGUGGCCUCAACCGGGGUGGCGUCCACUAGAUCCGGGCACCGGGGAUGAGGCGGGAACAACGGAGGGCGACUUCCAAGUGAAAUGGCAGGGAGACUUCUUCUAUGGUCAGAACCUGGCCAUCGCAACCGCAAAUAACAAGUACCUUGACGGCUUGGGAGCCCUGCCUGAAGAGGCAAUGGCAGACAAGCCGGCGGACGCAAGCUCUAUAUACUUGUGGAUGAGCGACUACCAUCCUGACGGUGGCCAGCUGUUUUGGCCACGACAGCCAGUGCCGUUCACCGUGUGCCUCGGCCCAGCCUCGGCUGGAGAUGACAUCAAGCCAGAGGACAUGCGAGCCUUCCACGUGCCCAAAGGGAAGGGCAUCUACAUUCAUCCUGGCACAUGGCACAACGGGAUCUAUGUGGCUCCACGUCACGCAGCCUCACCGCUUCAGUUCUUGACGCGCCAGGGCAAGGUACAUGCCAGAAUUUCAGUCAGCUGGGCUGCGGAAUUUGGUACACUGUUGAAAGUUCCACUGGAAUGA